AGAGAGAGAGAGAGAGAGAGAGAGAGAGAGAGAGAAGCACGCAAGCGCUCAAGCGAGUGAGAGAGAGAGCGAAUGUGGGAGUCCAAUAGCACUAGCUGUGUAGCUCUAGCGAAAAAAAGAGGGCAGUAGAUACAUUCAUAACAAAUCUUACGUUAUAAAGAUUUGGAAACGUUUUUGAAGAGAUCUGAACCGCUCCUGUUGUUUUUUUUUUUUCUCCCUGUACUGGCCAGCUUGAGGGAAGCAGCACAAGAAGGGUUCAGAACAGUUGGCUUUCGUUAAAAAAAAUUUAUUUGACAGGUUAAAAAAAAAAAAAAAAAAAAAAGGAGAAUUUUUAUUUCCCCUUUGUUUUUUGUGCGUGUGUACCCUUACAAUAAUAUAAAAUGGUUGACCGAGACCAGCUGGUGCAGAGAGCCCGGCUCGCCGAGCAGGCUGAGAGAUACGAUGACAUGGCUUCAGCAAUGAAAUCGCAGGUGACGGAGCUGAACGAGGCUCUGUCCAACGAGGACCGGAACCUGCUGUCGGUGGCCUACAAGAACGUGGUCGGGGCGCGGCGCUCCUCCUGGAGGGUGAUCAGCAGCAUCGAGCAGAAGACCUCUGCCGACGGCAACGAGAAGAAACUGGAGAUGGUGCGCGCCUACCGGGAGAAGAUCGAGAAGGAGCUGGAGACGGUGUGCAAUGACGUGCUGGCCCUCCUGGACAAGUUCCUCAUCAAGAACUGCAAUGACUCGCAGUUCGAGAGCAAGGUCUUCUACCUGAAGAUGAAGGGAGACUACUACCGCUACCUGGCGGAGGUGGCCACCGGUGAGAAGAAGGCAGCUGUGGUGGAGUCUUCCGAGGCUUCGUACAAGGAGGCCUUCGAGAUCAGCAAGGAGCACAUGCAGCCCACCCACCCCAUCAGGCUGGGGCUGGCGCUCAACUUCUCUGUCUUCUACUACGAGAUCCAGAACGCGCCCGAGCAGGCGUGCCACCUUGCCAAGCAAGCCUUUGACGACGCCAUCGCGGAGCUGGACACUUUAAACGAGGACUCCUACAAGGACUCCACCCUCAUCAUGCAGUUACUACGAGACAACCUGACCCUCUGGACAAGCGACCAGCAGGACGACGAAGCUGGAGAGGCCAACAACUGAAGAGCUUCAACCCCCUUCCCCCUUCCCACCCUCUACAACCCUCCAGCCUCCCUCCCCACCACCCACACUACCCCCUACCCUCCGUGCUGCGUACCCUGGCGCUGACUGUAUCUACUGUCCACACAGCUGGUUCCUUCAGCUGUCCACCCAUCACAGCAUUACAAGAAACAUUUAUCUCAAAAAUAAUAACGUCUUCGUUGGCAAUGUUGGGUUUGUGUUGGCAAUUUAAAGAGACCUUUUUUUUUUUCUCGCUGUAGUCGCAAAAUUAAUUGUGCGCAAAUGAAUUAUAAUAAUGUUAAAGUUUGCAAAGUCAGUUGGCAUAUCAUCAUGUCAGUUGGUUAAAAUAAAAAAUUUAAAUAAAUAAAUGAAUGGUGAGAAUAUUUAAUAUAUUGAUAAUUUGUUAAGUAUUAGUGACAGUAGAAUUAUUUAAUGGGGGCGAAAAAUCAAUAAAUCAGUGAAGUUAGAGAAUGAUUUGGUGAUUGAGCUAUCCGAGAGAUGUGAUGGUUUAUCUGCAGUAAUGCCUUGUGCAUGCAAAAGGAGAAGGAUCAUGUUUAGGCAACCUGUUGGAACAGGAAUAUGACUGUCGUAAGAAUACACAGCUGUGUUUCUUCAGUUAACAGACUUGAAUCCACGCCAUUGAAGGAAAAUACUCUUCUUUGCCAUGUUUGUAAUUUAUGUGAAGUUAUUUGAUGUACACAUAUUUAGGUUCCUAAUGCAUUACAUUUGCUUAAAAUGUUUUGAUACGUGUAUAAGAUACACAUUUUAUCAAGUGUCUGUUGUUUAACUAAAACAGUGUUGAGCGGGUUUUAUUUCAUUUUUUUCCUUGUGAUUUUGUUUUCUAUUUUAAACCGUUUGCCUCUCAGUCAGAUUGUAUUAAGACUACAUUGAAAUGGACAUGGAUGGAAUGCCAAACUUAAAAUGAAAUGUUUUGGGUUGAAUGGAUUCAAAUAAAUGCUGCUUCAGGUGUA